GUCUUAGCCGCUAGAAACUCGGGACUGCGCUUCCCUUUUGCUUUCAGGUCAUCCCCGAGCUCAGAGCUUGGCUGCCCACUUCAGGGAGGUGUGGAGGUCCCUCCUCGGCCCCUUUCCGGGACAGUGUUUGGGAAAGGUCAGGUGGUCCGUCACGUGAAUGAUUAAAAGUUACUGGGAGGAAGGACUGGCUUUAUGAGCUGGGCUGGGAACUACAAAACCGAGCUUCAUGGGAACGCCUGUGAGCCCAACAGGAAGUGGAGCGUUGCCGAGAGGGCGGAGUGGCCCUUCGGGGGCUGUCCCCCUGCUCCAGGCGCUCACUUUGCAGGUGGCACUGUUUCCCGGAUUAUCAAUCUGGCGGUUGAGGCGGGGUGGAUGCACGCUUCUAGUUUAGAAAAAACGAAAAUGAGCAAGCGAGACGUCCCUUCCGUUUUGUGCUGACCAAGCUGCAAGCAAAUAAAUCAGCCCGUCCCACUGCAAUCUCUGCACUCGAGUGCCACGAGAACCUGUUCCUGUCAAUCACUGAGUCCUAAGGAAAGUUUUAAAUAAUAAUAAAAUAAUAAUCGCAUAAUGAGGUGUUGCCACAUCUGCAAACUUCCUGGGAGAGUAAUGGGGAUUCGAGUGCUUCGUUUCUCUUUGGUGGUCAUCCUCGUGUUACUACUGGUAGCUGGAGUUUUGACCAAUUUACUUCCCAAUAUCAAAGAAGAUAAAAUGCUUACUUUGCGUAGGGAAAUAAAAUCCCAGGGAAAGUCUGCUCUGGAUUCUUUUACUCUUAUCAUGCAGACAUACAAUAGAACAGAUCUCUUAUUGAGACUUUUAAAUCAUUAUCAAGCAGUACCACAUCUGCACAAAGUGAUUGUGGUGUGGAACAAUGUUGGGGAGAAGGGACCAGAUGAGUUAUGGAAUUCUCUAGGGCCUCACCCUGUCCCUGUGAUCUUCAAACAACAAAUAGCAAACAGAAUGAGAAAUCGUUUCCAGGUCUUCCCUGAGCUGGAAACCAAUGCGGUGUUAAUGGUAGAUGAUGACAUGCUCAUUAGUGGCCAGGACCUUGAAUUUGCUUUCUCAGUUUGGCAGCAAUUUCCUGAUCAAAUUGUAGGAUUUAUUCCUAGAAAACAUGUCUCUACUUCAUCAGGUAUCUAUAGUUACGGAAGUUUUGAACUGCAAACACCAGGGUUUGGAAAUGGUGACCAGUACUCUAUGGUGCUGACUGGAGCCUCAUUCUUCAGCAGCAAAUAUCUGGAACUCUUUCAGAGACAAGCUUCAGCCAUCCAUGCUUUAAUAGAUGAAACCCAAAACUGUGAUGACAUUGCCAUGAAUUUUCUCAUUGCCAAGCACAUUGGGAAGACAUCAGGGGUAUUUGUAAAACCUGUCUACAUGUUCAAUUGGGAAAAAGAAACCAACACUGGCUAUUCUGGAAUGUGGCAUCGAGCCGAGCACUUUCUGCAGCGGUCUUAUUGUAUAAAUAAGCUUGUUAAAAUCUAUGACAGCAUGCCAUUAAAAUACUCCAACAUUAUGAUUUCCCAAUUUGGCUUUCCAUAUGCCAACCACAAAAGUAAAAUGUGAAAGUAAAACAAAAACCUGAAAACUUCUUGGUAUUUGAAUAGCACUUCCAUGCUAUCUAUUUUUGUUUUUAACCAACAUCAUGAACGGUUAUCUAGUCCAGAAGUCUCUACAAUAGAAGAAAUAAGCAGCAUUUCUAUGAUAUAAAAGUCACAUUAAUUUCAAGAACAAAGAAUCUGGUUUUAUCCAUACAGGCCUUCUUGCAAAAUGUUUUCAUCCAAGGUUAACUCUUUGGUUAGCAAUUUUAUUAUUUACAACCUGAGACUGUUCAACAAUUUAUUUGAUUACUGGCAUUUGCCUUAAGGACCUAGAGCAAGCUGUUUCCAAGAUCAGAAACUCCAGAGAGGCAUUUCUUAGCUUUUUCACUAAAAGGGAUUAUUUUAAUUUCAAGUGCCUCUUUAACAAAAGCUUGCAGUAUAGGGAAAAGCCAUGUGAGGGGAGAAUAGUCUCCAUCCCAUGUGAAAACAAGGAAAAUCCAUAGCUCCCAAUGUUUUCCUUGUGGCCCUUCCAACCAAAUUUACUGCCCAGCAUGGUUUUGAUGCAACUGUUGAUACUUUUAUUUUUGUAGAUAAGUCUGUUGUGAACAGGAGGGUAAAUUUUAGGAUAUAAAGAACAUCUAGUUGUUUGCUUGAGUAUUGUGAGCAUUUACUGCAUGGAUCACCAAAAAUAUGCAGCCUUUGGUUUUUAUGUGCAACUUACAUGCAGCAAGGAUUAAAUGUAUAACUGUAUUUUGUCACCAAAUCUGACCUUGAGCAUGUAUAUUUUCAUAUUUUACAUAAAGUAUGUGUUUGAGAAACAUGUAUAAAAUAACUUCUGAAAGAAUAAGCCAGUAGGAAGUAGCAGAAGUUAAAACCCUUCACAUCAAAGCGUCUAUCUCCUGGAUAUACUAAACAGCUCUGUGUAUUACACACAAAUGCUUGCCUUCAGAACUUUUUUCAUUUUUUUUCAAAAGGUCUAAGGCACUAUGCAUUGUAAUGAAAUUUCAGUUACAUAGAUACGGGAAAAAAUAGCAAUCAUAGCAGAGGAAUUCCUUAGAGGGUCCUCAUCAGCUACUUGUUAAGGUUGCCCACUCUCUAUUACAUGAAUUAGUAUCUAUCCCACCCAGUGUCUACAUUUAGUCCUUAUUCGCCACUGUGGCGAGGAGUGCCUAAUUAAACCACUAUCACUUUUUCUUCAUCUUCCUCUUCCUUCUUCUCAUUGAAGUUAUUGUCCUUCUCAUCUGUUUACAUUAUGCCUAUGCAGUCUCAAGAUCGCAACGCUGUGAGAGUAAGAAAAUAACCGUGGUUAAUGUUCUAAUUAUGAGGUCAUUGUGUCUUCAGUAUAUUUUGCUUUUUUUAUAUUGGAGUGUGUGUUUUAGUGUAGGCAUAUAAAGAAAAAACUUGAAACCUCACUAAAAAUAGAUAAUGUUAAUUAUCUGCUCUCUCCAACCUUGGUAUUAUUCCCCCCCCUUGGUAUUCCAUUAUCUGAUAAAUAAAAUAAACUUUAACCAUC